AAAGAUAAUGAAUCAAGCGCAAGUACAAAUCCCCGGAUGCGGACUCCAUUCUGUUUCGCCUACUUCCGACAUUGUACAAUUUACAGCAUUAAAUAUUAGAAGAAAGCGGAGUAAAUAUGGCUGACCAACAGCUAGAUUGUGCCCUGGAUUUAAUGAGAAGAUUGCCUCCACAACAGAUAGAGAAAAACCUAAGUGAUCUAAUUGACUUGGUACCUAAUCUGUGUGAGGACCUUUUGUCAUCUGUAGACCAGCCUUUAAAAAUAGCAAGAUGUAAAACUACUGGCAAAGAUUUUUUAUUGUGUGAUUACAACAGAGACGGAGAUUCCUACAGAUCACCAUGGAGUAAUAGCUAUGAUCCUCCCUUGGAUGAUGGAACUAUACCAUCAGAAAAACUACGUAAAUUAGAAAUAGAUGCCAAUUCUGCCUUUGACCAAUACAGAGAAAUGUACUUUGAGGGUGGUGUUUCCUCAGUAUAUCUCUGGGACCUGGACCAUGGCUUUGCAGGGGUUAUUCUCAUCAAGAAAGCAGGUGAUGGGUCAAGGAAAAUCAAAGGGUGUUGGGACUCAAUACAUGUUAUAGAAGUUCAGGAUAAAUCAAGUGGCAAGAGUGCUCAUUACAAAUUGACAUCAACUGUGAUGUUAUGGCUACAGACGACGAGAGAAGGUUCUGGGACCAUGAACCUGGGUGGGAGUCUUACCCGCCAGGUAGAACAAGACGCAACUGUAAAUGAGGCCACCCCUCAUCUUGUUAACAUUGGAAAAUUAGUAGAGGAUAUGGAAAAUAAAAUUCGAAGCACCUUGUAUGAAAUCUACUUUGGGAAGACGAGGGACAUUGUAAAUGGUGUUCGAUCUACACAACCUUUACAGAAUGAAAAACAGAAAAUAAAUCUGCAGAAUGAUUUAGCACAAGCUUUGCAAAAAAGAGCACAUACAUCAUAAUAUAGGAUUAUCAUCUAGUUUGAGUAUGGACGUAUUAUCGCAAUAUUUUGCUCGAGAUUUAACAUGAAAAUUACAAACAGUGCAAAGACUGAUUACACCUGCAAAAAUCUAUAAACCAGCAAGAAAUAGCACAUUUAUUAGCCCAAAAGUUCUAUGAUAUGCUGGGUAAUGAUUAGGCAGGCUAAGUGUAUGACACUAUUUUCAUGGGAUUGGACAACUAUCUGACAUAAAUGAUAUAUUGGCUUCUCUACAUGGUCCAUUAUGACAGAGGUAGAGUUUGUGUGUGAAAGAUAAGACGUGAGACUGGUAUUGGAUAUGGAAUAUUUGAAAUAAUUUUGCACUUGAUGCAUAGAUGAUCAAUGAUUAAUAGCACUUUAUAGACACAUGAUUCAACACGCAUUUUCAGCAUAAUUCUCAUAACUGCAGGAGUAACAAGGUUUGGAGUUAUUUCUGCAAGUUUUUCCACAACUUCUGUAAGACCAUGUAAUUUGCAUAGGAGAUGUCUCAAAGGGGGCUCUUUAAGUGUGAACAGAGAUUUAAUAAAAGAAAAAUGUAUCAUGUGUUAUUAUAAUGAAAUAAUGACUUGUUUUAGUGAGCCUUACUUAUAUAAAGAGACAUUUUCUGAAAUAUUAGAAAACCAUCUUCUGGACAUGAUACAAAUGUACAGCAACUAUUAUACAUAUAUAAUAUAUAUUGUCCCAUUCCGGUAUGAUUGUAAAUAUCUAACAUGAUUCUUCUAUUUACUGAAAUACAGGUGAUAAUAAAUUAUGUAAAUGCC